UUGACGUGAUGUGUGUGUCGCGAACGGGGUAGUUAUCCUUCGAUCUUUUGAAACUAGUGCAAUUUCGUAAUUUGUGUUCACAUUUCCCAUGUUUUUUUAUUUUGUUUUGUAUUAGUGAAUAUAGAAGUUUUUUAUAUUUAGUUUAGUGAAUUUCUUGUCGAGUUGGCGCGUUUGGAAAACUUACGUGAACCAAGAGUGGAAGAAAUAACAGUGACAACUGGAUAAAGCUGCUUUUGUUCACGAUGCCAUGAACGGGUAGCGAGAACCUUGAUGGCGCGGUGACACAGCAUGUGCCGUGCGCACCUCGCCGCUCUCUUGCGGCUACUCAUAUUGGCUGGUGGUGCCUUCUACGUGAAUCCAUAUACUAGCGAAGAUCGGAUCGACCUUAACCAGGUAUGGGUGGAGAUACCCAAGAGUCUAGUCGCUUUGGGGGGCGAUGUCCACAUCCUCGUCCAAGGAGCAACCGGCGCUGGCAACUUAAGAGUUCGCCUCGCGCGAGAAGACGACGACGGCCGCACUCUUCUAGCCACCAUGCCUCUCGCUUUAGACGCCGAGAGCCGAAUGACUUUGCCGUGCGGGUAUUUCUCCAGAGGGGGAAUUUACUAUUUAGAAAUUGUUGCUGAUAAAGAGAGUUUCUUAGAUUACGGCAACGCCACAAUUAACACCAUAAAAGUUAAAAGAGAUGUGUCAGAAGGAGGUCUGAUGGAGACGGGAGAUAGUGUGGUUAAAUCUUGGAAGUUUGACGUCCUAUGGCCAAGUGCUACUUUGGAUGUGACUCCGGAGCAAAUCCAGACGUAUCCUGAAAGGCAAGUGACGGCGAUACUGGAGUUCCCGAAGGUUGUAUGCACUCCGGUACAGACUAGUGCUGAUUUUUGGUUGGAACUUUUGUAUUGUGGACAUUCGAGUGGCGGGGCCGUGUUGUGUGACGGAAAAAAUACUAGUUCACAUGCUCACGUGCUGUAUUCAGAGCAGAUGUAUGGGUUCCCCGGUCGACGCACCAUGACGCUUCGCUGUGAACUGUUCGGCCAGGCUGGAGAUUAUGCUCUCACCCUGAGACCUGCCGCUGCUGCUGGUCCCCAGGAUUUAGCCCUAGCUUUUGUAAAGGCGGACUGGUCUGACCAAUUCGUACUUAACGUUCACGGUGGGUCCGUGUUCCCCUGCGGAGAUGGAGUGAGAGUGCUGUUCCAGUACCCCGAGUGUGUGCUGGACGGUUCUGACAGGGUGCGUGUCUUCGGUAGAGACAGCUCGGACAGACUGCGAUAUGUUGCGGAAAGGAGAGUUCGGAGGGGACAGCACACAGCUUCCUUCGACUGUCGUCUGUUCAGUGAGAAAUACCCGGAAUAUUGCUUCGUGUAUGUGUCGCAGGCUGUUACUGGGGCCGUCGCAGAUGUGCGCAUGGACUGCUUACCGACUUUACCUUUAUCAGAGGGAGGAGCUGGUGGUUGGGGAGAAUGGUCUCCGUGGUCUGCGUGUCCUGCGCCUGAACAUUGCUCUACUCGCACGCGUAGCAGACAUCGCUUCUGCGAUUCUCCGCCACCCGCCUAUGGAGCCAAGUAUUGUGAGGGCCAAGCAGUCGAACUAGCGGCUUGCGAAUGCUCUGCGCGCCCAUGGGCAGGUGAUUCCUCAAUGGUGGUGGCUGAGAUCGGUGCACGGUGUCGGUGUGGCUGUGUACUCCACCUGGCACCAAUUGCCAGACUACUAGCUGGGUCUGCCAGGGCCUGCCCGGCCAGAUCUUUCUGGCUUUUACAGGCGGAAGAAGGGUUAACAGUGCGGGUGCGAUUCGAGGCAGUCCGCUUACCGUGUGCGGGUCAGUCCCUCAGGGCUCGUGACGGGGACUCGUUGGGCUCACCCCUUUUAGCCUCUUGGGAUGGCCCCGAUACUAGCGCUGUGUCCAGUGAAGUAGAAAUGACGACUGACAGCAGCGGUAUGGUGGAGAUCACAGGUGGGAGACACAUCCUCGUCGAACUACGAUCCAACGAUGUGAGUGAACGAUGCGCGGGCGGCUUUUUGGCGCAUGCUACACAGAGUGAGCCAAUCCGCAAUGCAUCAGCAGCGUGGGCAUCGGUGGCUACCGUAGCGUGGUGGCGCGGAGGCGGCGGAGCGCGAGCGGCCGCUGCAGCGUUAGCGGCGCUCGCUGCCUUGGCCGCUAUUUUGUUAGCAUUGCAUUCGGCCCAUCGCACGAGAGCCUACCAACGCGCGGCUGAUAAGGAGUCACUUACUGAUAGCGAUGCAUGUUCGGCAUCCCUGGAGAUGGGAGCGUCUGGGUCCCGAAGCACUCUGCUGAGCGAGGUGGUCGGUGGCGGAGUGUCUCUGCGACGGCUACUGCCCCGGAGGGGGCACACGAGGCUAAGAGACUGCGAUAGGAGUUCGGGACACGCGGAAAAUAGGGACGAAGACGACGCCACAUCUGACAUGGAGGCAGACGCGGUCAGCGUAACGAGCGCUUGCAGCGGGGCGAGUCAGGCUUCUCAAGCCACGGUAACACCGGAGAAGGUGUCUGCGAGCAGCGCCCCCGUCGCUGGAAGCGUUAGACAGUCGCCGCUACGACGCUCACACACCGUGUCGCAUGCUUCUGUACAAAUGACGUCACCCCCGCAAGCGUCAACGAGCGAAGCGAUUACAGCCGAAGUGAACACGAGCGUGACUAGCGUGAGUGAGCGAGACAGCUACAGCGAGAAAGACCACGACAGUUUGUGGGACAAGGACGGACAGAGUGUUGCCUCGUCCACGUCAGCCGCUACGCUGACUAACGGCUGGUACUCUCCAGCACUAAGCGGAGUCUCGGCCGCCCGUAUCCGCGACAACCCUAAGCACACGAAAGAGAACUGCAACCGACGGCUCUUGAGAUCGGACUUGAGUCUGACCUCACAUCCCGAGAUGGAGAUCGACUAUUACGACUACGAAGUCAAUAAUGCGGGUAAAUGUUCCGUUCCCGGUUCGUACUUAGGAAUGGACCCGGCGUUUCUCGUCUGGAUUCCGCCACUGGACGAGGGAGACAUCAUCAGAGAGAUGGAUGAAAGCAAGGUUCCUAUUUACGAAGAAGUGAUCCCGAUAGAACUGAGACCGAAUCCGGGCAGCAACACAGAAUCGCCUGAAGACCCGUCCACGCUGAAGAGAAUCCCAACGAAUCGCUCGAACGAGUCCAUCAAAUUCCGCAAAGCGCUAGACAGGAGCGUCAUUCACCCUCUGAACUUCAGCAUCAGUGAUUUGCAAAACUCGCCCAAACUGCCCAAAAGGAAUAAGAGGAAGAAAUCCGAGAUUCCCGUGAACAUUCCGAUGAAGGAUCUCACCUCGAUGUCCCCGGCCAAGGUGCACAGGAAGUCCGAUGACUCGACGCUGAAAAGGGUGACGGAGACCAGAGAAAAGGACAGCACGCUGAAGAGGAGUGAUUUUAAUGAUAUUAGAUUCGCGGAUGAUUCGUCGAACGAAAUCAAAUUCGCUGACGAUUCGCCCGACAGCAAUCGAUUGAUGGAUCAGUUUGACCUUGAAGUGUAAACUGGCUAAGAACCAAUCUAGUAAAGCGAUUUCAAAGCGAGAGAAGAAUGUUUUGUCAAAAAUCGACAACAACAUCUAUUGUAAUACGGACCCGAGUUUUCUACGUUGGAAAAAAAAAUUUUUUUAUUUGUUUUCUUAUGUUUUAAGCUUACAUUGAUGCACCUAUGUUUCCAUUCAAUAAUAGUAAAUAAAUAGAUAAUAUUAUUUUUUUGUACUUAUAGAAAGACAACUCGACAUUAUUUUGUCAGACAUGAUUGAUAGAUAUCUCUUUAAUUAUUAAAAGUACCUCUCGGCACUUAAUCGAAAGGAACGAGAAACAGUUGCACUUAUCUUUAAUAAAUCUUACAACGGGGUUCGUACUUGUAGACACCUAUUAGAUAAAAUAUUUAAUUAAUGUUUAAACGUCACUAUAAUUCCGUUUGAUCGGAUGCAAUAUUUUGAAUUACGUGUUAGUAUUGUAUAUAGAAUGAGUUUGCGUACACAAAUAGUUACCGUGAACCCGGCGAGCUCAAAGCUAAUCUACUAAUAUUUAGAAUAGAACAAUACAAAUAAGCUUUGCAUUCCCAUAAUAACAUUGUGUGUUAUUUUUCUUGUAGCUACCGAAUAUAGUUUAAUUUUAGUACUAUUUUAAUAAUAGAAAGCUCGUAAAUAUAGCUCUUUCUGGCGUAAUUUCUCUUGCAUCCACAAUUGCACGUGCAAUUUCUGCUUAUCGCUCAAGAGGUAUAAAAUAUAUUCGGUAACUAUAAUAGUACCGCAGGUAAAGCAUUCUUUAGACCCAUUAGUUGUACUAAGGACCAACUUGUGAAUAGAACCUCUCAUAUCAUCACUCAUACAAAUCAUUAACAUAGCUAUCUGAUUAUACGUAAUUAUGUAACGAAUGUGCUCUGGUUAAACAUACUUUUUCGCUAUAUAGAUACCUCUAUAAAAUAAUUAUUCAACGAUAGAGGUAUUUUAUAUGAAAUUUUCUUUUGAAAGACUGACAUUUCGGGCAGUGCAAUACGUCUAAA